AGCCGGUGUGCGGGAGUUUUUUUUUUUAUCGGCUUCACGGACGGCGACGACGGUGCCCGUUAAACCGGGCGGAAGUAACGUUAACGUUAGUUAUCAGCUUUAACGGCGCGUUUAAAUGUGCAACGUUACGAGUUGUUUGACAGCGGCCCGAGACAUGACGUCCAUCGGAGCUGAUAGCUGACGCUGUAUAAUGAGAGAGGAUGGAGCAGACAGACAACCCUGCCCCUGCGAGCAACAACCCUAAUGGGUUUGUCAACCGAGUGUUUAAUGUUUCUCUGGAUGUGGAGAAUGAGACCAGCAGUGUUUAUAUUCAGCAGAAUGGGCCAGAGCCUGCAGAGGGGCAGGGAGAGACACAAGCUGCCUCUCCUCAGACCCCUGUCAAGGAGAGACAGGAGGUCAACCGAAGGCCCCGUGCCACUGGGGGCAUCUGGAGGAUCUUGAACCGAAAGCGUGCUGGCUCAGAGCUGGAGCGCAGACCUCACUCCAUGAUCCUGCCCGGGGAGGCUUCCAUCCCCAAACUCUCGUUUGCUGACAAAGUUCGCUCCUUCAAGAAGCUUAAAUCCCCCUCUGUGUUUAGAGGGAAGACAGAGAAAUUGUCCACUGCCAAGUUCGGCAGCUCCUUGGUGGAUGAGGAAUCUUUCUGCCGGGACCUCGGCACUCCCCAGCAGUCCGGCAGGAGCACACUCAGGCACCGUGGCAAGAGGCACUCGUACGCUGGCCACACAGCCGACUUUGACUGCUCGUUCGAAGACAUCGACCUCGUAGCUCCCAUUGACGGCCAGCAGCCCGCUGUGGCGGGAGAGGCUGUGACUCAGAAUGGUUGUAAACAGUCAGAAAGGGUUUGCUACACUAAAAGAAGCCAAGGAAAUUCAAACAACUGUAACAAAAUGGCCGCGGGUUGCGAUGAGCCAAGCGGUAGCCCGAACACCCACCACAGCAGAGGAAGGAGGCACAAAGACGUGUGGAGUUACCUGAGGCGGAUUUCCAUUCUGGGGAAGGCCAAUCCGGUCUACUCGGAGAGGAGCUUUGACUCUGAGCUUCCAUCUUUUGACAAGACCAUGGACUCAGAUUAUGGUUCCGUCGACUUCGAGAGUGUCAGAGACUUUCAGCCCCCGCCCCCGAGACACUCUGACACCAAGGGGCACUUUGGCGGUCUGUUCAAGUUUUUCAACAGUGUAGCGGAGACAGCCCGAAAAUGGCGGACAACAUCGCACUCUUUCUCUCCUCCGGAGGGAGAAAGGACACCGAUGGGCUCCCCGCGGGUCCCACAGUCCUCAGCGGGCAGCAUUCACAGUGUGUCCCUGACACUCCACAGUGAAGGCCUCCCAAAAUCCCAGGCCAUGCCAUCAACACCAGAGAACGCUAAAUCCUCACACUCAGGAAGCCUAGACAGCAAUGCUCCCGCACCUGUGACAGGACGGCGAUCCCCUAAGGUGGUCCUGAAAGCCUUCAGGCCGUGCCCAAGAGCUCAAGCGGUCGAUGUCCUUCAGAGUUCUGAGGGCACAGACAAACAUGCAGACGGGGAGACAAACCACCGGUCCACGGCCAUAGUAGAGAACCAUAUCCCCCAUUCAGGUCCAACCACCGAGGCUCAAAAAGAAGCACAGGUUGAAAGUGAUCCAUUAAGCUGUUUCUGUCGAGAGGAAAAGGUAGAGGGGCGGACAGGAAAUGAGCAGGAUUCCAGGGAUGCUCCACCGUUCACCCACCAGAUACAGGAAGUGAAUGUCCAAUCACAACAAGGUGACGAAGGGAGCACGACUAAUAGCGUACCCGCAUCAGAUUCCACAGAGGAAAUAUUCAAGCUGUGCGAGCAGAUUGCCAGCCAGACAGGCUGCGGCGUCAGACAGCCGGGUCCGGCCGGGCCCGACCCGAGCACAGAGAAGACCUCUGUGCCUCACAGGGCCCCACGCCCUCGCCCGGCUUCAGCCGUACUGGACCCGUGGAGGCCCAACCCAGACCGAGGUCUCUACAGCCACUACAGCGAGGUUGGCUCUCUGUGCCGGCGGAGACGCAGGCCGGCUCCCACCAUGCAACACUCCCCGGGGCAGAGACAGAUGGCCGCUCGCGCCAGGCCCUUCUCUGUCAUAGAAACCAGCGCUACUAGGGCGAUGCAGUCCACGGAGCUGCAGCACAGUGCCUUGUCGCGGCCCCUGGGUGUGUCACCGUUAGAGCCCCCGCUGAAGGCUUCUCUCCUGCGGUGUCGCUCCCUGCCGCUGCCCCCGAGCACUCUCACCGUCGUGGCGCUGCUCCUUCCUCAGUCAGACGCGGGUCAGUCGUCCUCAGUGCGCUUGCGGCCGGGCUCUGGUAGCUGCAGGAGGAGGAGGCUGCUGAGAGCUGGUUCGGAACCACUGCAGGUCAACGUUUUGAUAAGUGGAGGUUCAAUCGUCAACGCUGAGGCGGUAUGGGACCAUGUGACCAUGGCGGACCGGGAGUUGGCGUUUAAGGCCGGUGACGUCAUCAAGGUGCUGGACGCCUCCAACAAGGACUGGUGGUGGGGCCAGAUUGACGAGGAGGAAGGAUGGUUUCCCGCCAGCUUUGUACGGCUGUGGGUAAACCAGGACGACGUGGGAGGGGAGCCGGCCGAGGGGACCAGCGAGGUGCAGAACGGGCACCUGGACCCGACCAAUGACUGCCUGUGUCUGGGCUCACCCCUCCAGAACCGAGACCAGAUGAGAGCCAACGUCAUCAACGAGAUCAUGAGCACGGAGAGACACUACAUCAAACACCUCAAGGACAUCUGUGAGGGCUACCUGCGGCAGUGCAGGAAGCGCGUGGACAUGUUCAAUGACGACCAGCUGAGGGUCAUCUUUGGGAACAUCGAGGACAUCUUCCGCUUCCAGAUGGGCUUUGUUAGAGACUUGGAGAAACAGUACAACACGGAUGACCCACACCUCUCUGAAAUCGGACCAUGCUUUUUAGAACACCAAGAUGGUUUUUGGAUCUACUCAGAGUACUGUAACAACCACUUGGAUGCCUGUAUGGAACUGAGCAAACUGAUGAGGGACGGCAGGUAUCAGCACUUCUUCGAGGCCUGUCGCCUCCUCCAGCAAAUGAUUGACAUUGCCAUAGACGGCUUCUUGCUCACCCCUGUCCAGAAAAUCUGCAAAUAUCCACUCCAAUUGGCUGAGCUUCUCAAAUACACAGCGCAGGAGCACAGUGAUUAUCGAUACGUGGCAGCUGCGCUGGCAGUAAUGCGGAACGUCACUCAGCAGAUAAACGAGAGGAAGAGGAGGCUGGAGAACAUCGACAAGAUCGCCCAGUGGCAAGCUUCUGUUCUGGACUGGGAGGGGGAUGAUAUCCUGGACCGGAGCUCGGAGCUCAUCUACACCGGGGAGUUGUCAUGGAUCUAUCAGCCCUACGGACGCAGCCAGCAGCGAGUCUUCUUCCUCUUUGAUCACCAGCUGGUUCUCUGUAAGAAGGAUCUGAUACGCCGGGACAUCCUGUACUACAAGGGUCGCAUCGACAUGGACCGCUACGACGUACGGGACGCCAUUGACGGGCGCGACGACGACUUCAACGUCAGCGUGAAGAACGCCUUCAAACUGUGCAACAAAGACAGCGAGGAGAUCCACAUCUUCCUGGCCAAGAAGCCGGAGGAGAAGAUCCGCUGGCUCAGGGCCUUCCACGAGGAGAGGAAGAUGGUGCAGGAGGAUGAGAAAAUCGGUUUCGAGAUCUCUGAGUACCAGAAGCGGCAGGCAGCCAUGACGGUGAGAAAGGUGACCAAACAGAAAGGUGUAAACAGGUGCACGCCCCCCUCAUACCCGCCCCCACAGGACCCCCUAAGUGCGGGGCAGUAUGAGGUAACGGAGGACAUGGCACAAGGAGAGGUUUUUGAAUUCAGUCAAUCCAAAAGAGGCCAGGCUCCUUUCUGGCAGAAUUUUAGUAGAUUAGCUCCAUUUAAGAAAUAGAGAAACACGGACUCUUCUGAAGGACCAGCUAUUUUUCUUAGAAGCACUAAACACUGGAGGAUCUUGUCCCAUGAUGAAGAAAAAUACAAAAAAAACACACACAAGAGACUUUUGAAAUGAUGGACCAUUGUUAAUAUAGCGUGUGACUGGAAGCAGCAAGAGGACAGAAGACUUGGAUUUAAAACUUUGAGAAAAAUGAAAAAAGCAUCACAACUGAUAUCUGUUAGCAACGUUCUUAGUUAUCAUGCUUCUCCAGCUGAGUGGCUUGUCUACAGCUCUUUCCCCUCCAAUUCUGCAUCGUCACGCCAUCUGAAUGUCCCUGAGUUUUUCAAAUUGUCAUAUUAAUCUAUUUUUAAUCCAAUCAUCGGGAGGAAAACACAAGGUCGGGACAGGGCAUUCCUCGUGGUAUGAUUGUGUCGACCCUGCUGUGCUGCUAUGUGACAUCGCUUGUUGAAUUCUUCUGAAUGUGAGAUGGAGUAACGACGGGCCCCCGUGGCGUGCGAGGGACCCGCGAAAGCUCGCCCGUUGGCGUCGUCCCAGCGUUCCGUCCAUCUGUCCACUGAUCACAGACCAGCCGGGCCGCCGACGUCUGCGUCCGGAUCACCUCCUCGCUCACAGCGGCCCACGUUCCGCUCUCUAGCUGCUCGCAUGCAGUCCCCCUCGCCCACCCGCACACACCCCCCCCACCCCCAUCACCAGGUGUAGUUCAGCAUCUCCCUCGCUCUCCCUCGUCCAUCCCUCGUCACCUCUUAUCUCUCCACCCACCUGCUCCGCCUGCGUGAGUCAGUGGCUCUCAGAGGAAGAGCUUCCCUCUUUUGGAAACCUGCCAUUGGCCGUGAUAUGAUGCAUCAGGGAACGAAUCAAUCGUUGGGACACCGAUAGAAUAGUUACAUCCGCCCACCAACCACCUUUGACAGGGUAUUCAUAAGCGUUCAUGCCGACGAUGCGCCGACAGGCCUUUGCCGCUCGGAUGGAACAGCUGGGAGCAGGAGAUUGGUGGUGCCGUGGUUCCACCUGCCCUGUGUCAGAGCCCCUCCCCACUCCCCCCCCCAGAGACCACCCCUGUAGCACUGUGCCGGCAGCUCACCGGGCGCUUGGAAAGAGAAUAGCCGACCCCCCCCACCCCUCCCCGGAAAGGAAACAGCGAGAUCUAAGAAGCGAUGUUGAGGCAUUGGCCGAAGUCUAGACUAACGUGUCUCUUUUUCACGUCAGUUGUCAAAAGAAAGACUCCUUCGGCCGGCUUCAUUAUUUCCUGUUGCUCACACUAUAAAAAGCACAGCACACAUUCAGUCUGCGGGGGGGGGGGUUUCCUUUUCUGCCGGUUUGAGUAGGAGCGGCGAUAACAGCGCGCCAUUUUGGAGCAAACCCCCUAAACCAGCACAAAGGGAAGCAUAUACAUGAACUAACAGGUUGUGAGUCAGCACUGGAGGAAUGUACGGUGCAGAAGAGUGAGCCAACAUAGAAAGUUGAAGCUAAUCUGUAGCAUGCAGCUGUCCUGUCACAGAUUGAUGCAUCUCUAAAGGCUGCAGCUCCGAAGCUUGGCACUCCUCCCCGAUGUUUUUCCACUUCUGAUCCGUGUCCUGGCAGUAGGCUCGGCACCGUUAAGUGAUUUACACAGGACCCGGUCGGAUUGUCGUGUUGUGAGAUCCUGCCAUAUGCUACUAGCAGUGUUAGAAAGGAGAGGAUCCAAGCGCCGUUCACACACAUCAUGAAGAUAUAUUGUUUUCUACAGUUGGAAUGUAAGUGACACACAAGUCCGUGGUUUGUGAUCAUAUUUGGACCUCCGAUACAGAAGUACAUUUUGUGUUGAAUUAUAUCACCCCGUACAUAUACAGUAUGACAACUUGUGCAAUGUGAUAUAUCAUUAUAUAUCUUCACUAUCCACUACAACGUGAUAUGAAAGAGUUAUAUAUAGUUCUAUGUCAUUUGUUUGCCUGCUUAUAGGCCUUAUAACCUAUUGGAGAAAAAAAAAGAGACCGUAGAAUUGCUUUGUGUGUUGUGUAAUUUAUGUUUUUGUUUCAGUAAAGACGGUUUAGACCUGCGUGA